AUGAAGUCAGUCCGCACAAAAACCCAUUUGGAAGACUUACUGGUGGACUUGGGCUUGGACCAAUGCUACAGGGACAAACUCACUCUAAGCUCGGUGCUGCAGAUUGAUCGUAAGACCAUCACAGAUCAACCUGCGGUUUCCCCACAGUCCCUACCAUGGUAUUUCCUGAAAAGGUUAAUGAUGGUGAAUGUUACAGCCAGGAGUGUAAAGUGUACACUAAGUUUGGUGGAUGACCGUGACAACAGCCAUAUCAUAAAUCCCUUGGACAUUGUGACUGCCCUUUUUCUGUGCUCUGACAGUUUCCUGCAGCAGGAGAUGGUCUUAAAAAUGUCCAUGUGUCAGUUCUCAGUGCCCCUGCUUUUACCCAACUGUGAUUCACAGGAAUGUACACUAAUGCUUUGGGCCAUGAGGGACAUAGUGAAGAAGUUCAGACCUCAUUCUCUUGCAGACCCGAGAGGGUUUGUGGAGGACAGGAUUGUACUCACUGAUCUUCCCAUGGUGUCUUUUGUCAGACUGGGUGAGAGCAGCUUUUCCAAGUCGCAGAUUUUGAACAAGCUGCUCAGCAAUCCUCAGCAGUACCAUGACACCUUUGUUCACCACGAUAUGGAAUGUGGUGAUAGGCCCAGGAGGAUAUCAGAAGGUUUGGUUGAAAUCAGCUGGUACCUUCCUUGUGGGAACAAAAACAUAGACAUCUUUGCAGAACCAGUAGCUGUGGCUAACCUGCGGGGGGACAUCAGCAGCUUUGAGGUGCAGUACUCCUUCCUGUGUCAAACAUCUGCUGCCAUUUUCGUGUUCUUUGACAACUUGGACAAUGAAUACAGGCUGCUGACUAACCAUGAUGUUAAAGCUCAGCUGUUUCUGGUUGGCAACCCUCAGAGUAAGGCCUUCAGCAUGGAUGCCUUGAAGAGAAUGGCCUCAGAGUUGAAUCUGAAGAAAGGUAACAUCAUUCUGAAGACUAAGCAGAUGAACGAUGCAGACUUUGUAAAAAACUUGCGUUCCACCGUCAACGAUGUGAUUAAAAACGGCCCAUGCGGGAUGUCAAUAGAGCAGAUGUCUGAGGUAGCUCAUGAGCUAGGCAUACCGGUGGAUGAAGACUGCAGUGAAUGCCAGAGGGCUAAGCAAAAUGCUGACGCCAUCACAUCAAACAUACAGGACACACUGCAGUUCAAGGAGAGUCAGUUGCCCCUGCAAGGGAAGAUCUGGAAAGAGCUGGCAAGGUUAGAGAAGGAGCAGUGUCGGCUGAGAAAAGCAGGGGAUCGGAACAUUGAGGACUAUAAAGAGGAGCUCAAGGUGCAGAUGCAGAAACUCAGAGAAAAGCAAAGCAGCUACGAUAUGACAGAGGCAAUGACCUGCUUCAUCAAUGCAAUAUCAAGCUCAGGGUUAGAGAGGUCCUACUUCCUGAAGUGGAUGAGGAUGAAUCUGGACAACCUCUCACAGAAAAGCCUCUCAGGUCUGAGGGAGCAGUACAAAGAGAAGUGCCAGAACUCUGCGGAAAACAAGGAUGAGAUUGCAAGCCUCGACAGACAAAUCUCCAACAGUUCUCUCGGAACUGAACACUUCUUGCGCGAAAUGGGUCAGCUGUAUGAAUCUGCUUUCUGUCUCCCAGAAAAUGCACAGUCACGCCAUCAAAUGCUGCACCUGCCCAGACUUUGUGCUGAGCUCUUGCUCGAUGGCUUCCCUCUUGAGCUAAUUGAUGGAGAUGCCUCCAACAUCCCUUUGAGGUGGGUGAGCGAUGUGCUGUCUGAGCUCCGUGACUUAGUGAAGCCUAAAAAUAAGAUCCUGGUAGUCACUGUCUUAGGUGUCCAGAGCACUGGAAAAUCCACUCUUCUUAACACCAUGUUCGGGGUGCAGUUUGCAGUGAGCAGUGGCCGAUGCACCAGAGGUGCCUUCAUGCUGCUGAUAAGAGUUAAAGGAGACUUCAGGAAAGAGCUGAACUGUGACUUUGUCAUGAUCAUUGACACAGAAGGAUUGAAGUCACCAGAGCUGGCUCAGCUGGAUGACAGCUAUGAGCAUGACAAUGAGCUGGCCACUCUGGUUGUUGGCCUCAGCGACAUCACCAUAAUCAACAUUGCCAUGGAGAACUCCACGGAGAUGAAGGACAUCCUGCAGAUUGUGGUUCAUGCCUUUCUCAGGAUGAAGGAGGUUGGAAAAAAACCCAAGUGUCAGUUUGUGCACCAGAAUGUGGCGGACGUGUCGGCCCAUGACAAGAACAUGAGGGACAGGAAGAUGUUGCUGGAGCAGCUGAAUGAGAUGACCCAGGCAGCCGCCAGGAUGGAGAACAAGGAGGAGAACAAGAAAUUCACUGAUGUGAUGGAGUAUGACCCAGAAACCGGGAACUGGUACAUCCCUGGACUCUGGCAUGGCAACCCCCCAAUGGCACCAGUCAAUGCAGGCUACAGUGAAGCUGUGUAUGAGUUCAAAAAGAAUGUUAUCCAGGUUUUUGAAAAAUGUGAAAGGUCGGGCAAUAACAUCAUGGAAUUCCUGGAGUGGACAAAGAGUUUGUGGAAAGCUGUAAAAUAUGAAAAUUUCAUCUUCAGUUUCAGGAACAGCCUGGUGGCAGAUGCUUACACAAAGCUGUGCAUCGAAUUUGGCAAAUGGGAAUGGACAUUCAGAAAGCGAAUGUACACAUGGGUGACAAACGCAGAAACAAGGAUAUCCAACUUUGGGACAGUUGCUGUAAAAUCUCAGACCUCCAGCAUGAGUGACUUCCUCACCAGCUUAAAAAGUGAAGCAGCCACAGAACUUGCAGAAGGUGAGAGGACAAUUCUGGAUAACCUGACUAGAUACUACGAGCAAACUGAAGGCCACAUCCAUCUUGUAGAGAGGUACAGAGAGGACUUUGUAAACAGUGCCAAAAGUCUAAGAAGAGAAAUGGAGAACUCUGCGUUGAAUAAACUGGAAGCAGCUGUUGAGAUCAAGCAGGGAAUGAAUAAUUUGGAACGGAUCAAGACGACCCACACAGCCACCAUGGAAAAGAAGGUGCUGCAGUUAAUUGAAAACUGCCGGAAAAGCAGAUCUCCUAAAUCUGAAAAGGAGCUGGAGAGUGAUUUUGAGAAGAUGUGGAAGGAAACACUGGAAGAGCUGUCCUUCAAAGGAUUAAAAGAAAAAGAAGUUGCAAAUAAUGUUUUUAAAUUGCUACGAACAAAUUUACAUCGGAAGGGCAGCUCUGUGAAUGAAAAGGUAAACAAAGUGCUGUUUCAUAAUUGUGGAACUACACCUUUUGUAGUUAAACCACAGACCUUCCUUAAGAGGAUGUUCAGCCCUAUUUAUAUUGAUGAACACACAAGGCAGACACAAGCCAUGGCAGACAGCAUCAUAGAGAGGUGCCAACAGUUUGUUACAGAGAAGACUGAAAGUGGAACGGACUACCAUGACACAUAUGUCCAAGAACUCCUGCACCUGAUCGAGGAUAGAUUAGGUUCUUGCAAGGAUAUUGAAACCAAUGAAAAAUUUGAAGUAGAACUAAAGCUGCACAUUUGUGGCAUGGCAGCGAGGGAAUUUCAGCAGAUGCACAAAUGUUUCAUACGGAACAAUGACCCCCGUCGAAGUCUGGACCAGUUUAAGAACCAGUAUCGUGCCGACUUCAUGGACCUGUUCAACGAACGAGACCAGUGUCAGAAGAAGGCAGAGGAAUUUACAAACCUCUGUCUGAAGCCUGCAGUGAAAACCUUCAUUGCCACUCACCUGGGUCCGGAUAUCGUGGAUGAAAUGGUGUCAGGGAAGAAUGCUUUACAGUACAGCACCCGCUCCUUCUUCCAGUACUCCAUCCUGAAAGAGCUGCUGACAGAAUUCAAAUUUGAGAAGUAUGUGAAGUACAUUAGUUCCUACGAACGCUUUGUCAAAGACUGGAUAUUUGACCAAAUUGUGGUGUGGUUUUCUGAAGGUAGCAAAAUGUUUGAGUUACAAGAACUGCAUCUCAAAGCGAUCACCAAAAAAAUAACAGAAGCCAUUAACAAUGCAAAGAAGAAAGAGGAAACCAGCAACAUAAAGGAGUUCAUUUCUGACAUUUGCAGCGAACUCGGAGAGACACUCGUCAUUCCGAAAGAUGCUCUGGAAGCCAUCAUGGUCCUGAACAAUGCAAACAAGGAGCAGUUUGCUGAUUGGCUCUUGACUUGUGUCCAGGAAAUGGGACAGAGUUUGGCAACAGACUUUCAAGAGGAGGGGGAUGUGGAGAGGAAGCUGAGAAGUCUGCAUUUCAAACCACAGAAUGAGAUGUUCACACGAGUGUUUGGGUGUGGGAAGCAGUGUCCAUUCUGCAUGGCUCCGUGUGAGGCAGGAGGGGAAGCUCACACAGACCACUGUGCCUCCAUACACAGACCCCAGGGCAUUGGGAGGUAUAGGUUUACACACUCACGGAAGCUUGUAACUGACAUCUGCUCAUCAUGUGUGUUCAGCGAGACACAGUUCAUGUGCCCUGAGACAAAAUGGAAUUACCACCCUCACAAGAAAUACCGGGAAAUUUUCCCCGACUGGCACAUUCCUGCUGACCCCAGCAUCCAAGCCUCAGACUACUGGAAAUUUGUGCUGGCUAAAUUCAAUACACAGUUUGCUAAACAGUAUUCUGCCCUUCCUGCUGAUAUUCCUCCUGCCUGGAAUAAAAUAACAAAGGAACAGGCAGAAAACAGCCUGAAAGAGUCCUUUAACAUGAAGUGA